AUGAGCGAAGAUACAGCGAUAGAUUGGCGAUGGGAGGAUGUCACUCAUGGAAUCAGCCGAAAUCAAACUGCACGUACAGACAUACUUCUAUGGGAAAUACCAGAUUCCACAGAAACUCUCGAUCAAUUCGCCAAAAAGGUAUUUGAAAAUUCAAACAAAACGGUCGAAUUUGUCCCUCCUCCAAGUCGGACCACGCGAACAUCCCAAUCCGAGGAGAAAUGUAGGUUCAAGACUCGUAGAUCCGAUCGAACAGGAUAUCUCUACCAUAUGACUUCGUGUGGAACUCUCGAGAUACAUCGAGAUGAUUGUAUAGAUCUGAAGAAUUCCUACAGACCUACCUUCAAUUCAAUUCAUCUAAGAGCUAUGCUCAAAUCCUUAUCUGACGAAUGGGUGAUAGAGAAUCAUCUAGCUAAAGAAAGACAUUUACCUAUUAGAAGUGCUUCGACUAGGAUCUCGUCGGUCUUCGAAAGGAGUUUACUCUGGUCUGUACACUGGCAUGCGCAUCAGCUGAAUAAGGUAAUCCCAAACGGGGAUCUGGAUACGGCUGAGUUUAAGAAGAGGAUCGAUCAGUCUUUGCUGAUAGGGACCGCUGGCAAAUUUAUGGACAAGUGGAAAGGGACUGUUAUAGAUGAAAAAGUACUCACUAUUGCUUCUUGUUGA